UCGAUUUCCGGGUCGGGAGGGCUGCGCUGGGCCCAUCACCAUGGAAGCCAUCGGUUUGGUCACGUGGGGCCCCUGGUUACGCCCGGUGGCAGCCUUGGGGUCUGGUGCUUAGGCGGGGGCCAUUUUGCUCAAGGCUGCCUCCCACAGUCGGAGGCGGCCUGGCAGCUCGCUUGGACUUUCUUUUCCUCCUCUGCAGCUGGGGGCGUGGAGAGGACCUGGAAGGCUGGGCUUUAUCGAACACUUCGGAGACGGCAAUGGUUCCCUCCAGUACCCUGACGACCCUCCAUGGCGGCCGCGCCGUCAGCGCUGCCCCCGGUGCCACCCUUCGUAGCCCCCUGUGCCUAUCGCCCCCCGAGUCACAGUCGCCCUCCUGCCCCAGAGACUGAUGUUCGUCGAGCUGCGGGCACCAUGAGAGGAGAAAAAAGCUACUACUGCCGUGGAGUUGCUGGAGACCACGGUUCUUACCCUUCCACGCCUUCACCUCUGCCUUCGACGCUCUUGUUGCCCGCCGAGGCAGCCUCGAGCAGCUGGUCCGGGCCCGGAGGAGCUUUGUCAGGAGGAGAUGAAGAGGAGACCAGGCUCCUUCAGCUCUUGCGCGCCGCCCCGGAUCCUUCCGAGGCCUUACAGGCUUUGCAGGCUGCUCUGCCGCGGCGGGGCGGUCGGCUUGGCUUGCCGCGACGCAAAGAAGCUUUGUACCGGGCCCUGGGCCGCGUGCUUGUGGAAGGAGGUAGUGAUGAGAAGCGACUGUGCUUGCAACUUCUCUUGGACGUGCUCCGGGGUCAGGGGGACGCAGGCCAGCUGGAAGAGGCCUUUAGUUUAGCACUUCUGCCUCAACUGGUUGUCUCCUUACGCGAAGAGGAUCCAGCCGUGCGGAAAGAUGCGCUUCAGAUCUUGCAUAUAUGUCUGAAACGUAGUUCUGGACAGGUGCUGAGAGCGCUUAUUCAACAAGGUCUGGAAAGUGCCGAUGCCCAGCUCAGAGCGUCCACUGCGCUGCUGCUCCCUGUUUUACUUACUCCUGAGGAUUUGUUGCUCGGCCUGGAUCUCACCGAAGUGAUAAUAGCCCUAGCUAGAAAGCUUGGUGACCAGGAGAUAGAAGACGAAUCGGAGACAGCUUUCUCCGCACUUGAGCAAAUUGGGGAGCGACUUGGCCAAGAGCGCUUUCACUCCUAUAUCUCUCGCCUCCCGUCUGCCCUGAGGAGACUCUACAAUCGCCGCCUGGAGACCCACUUGGGAAGUCAGGUUCCUUAUUAUUUGGAACUUGAAACCUCUGGAUUUCCUGAUGAGCCUGUCCCCUGUGUGGUGACUCUUUCCAAUAGCAACCUUAAAUUUGGGAUUAUUCCUCAGGAACUACAUUCCAGAUUAUUAGAUCAGGAAGACUAUAAGAACCGGACUCAGGCCGUUGAAGAACUGAAACAGGUGCUGGGAAAAUUUAACCCUAGUUCUACCACUCAUUCCAGUCUUGUUGGUUUCAUUAGCUUAUUGUAUAAUUUGUUAGACGAUUCUAAUUUCAAAGUGGUCCUUGGCGCACUUCAGGUUCUGCAUUUGCUGGUUAUUCGCCUUGGAGAGCAGGUGCAACAGUUCUUGGGACCAGUUGUAACAGCUUCUGUCAAAGUACUGGCAGACAACAAGUUAGUGAUCAAACAGGAAUAUAUGAAGAUCUUUCUCAAACUAAUGAAAGAAGUAGGUCCUCAACAGGUGCUUUGUUUACUCCUGGAACAUCUUAAACAUAAGCAUUCCAGAGUGAGAGAAGAGGUGGUGAACAUUUGCAUCUGCUCCCUUCUGACCUAUCCCAGUGAGGAUUUUGAUUUACCCAAACUGUCUUUUGAUCUUGCCCCAGCUCUUGUAGAUACCAAACGCAGGGUACGCCAAGCAGCUCUAGAAGCCUUUGCUGUGUUGGCAUCAUCAAUGGGCUCAGGUAAAACCAACAUCCUUUUUAAAGCCGUGGAUACUAUUGAAAUGCAAGAUAAUGGAGAUGGCGUGAUGAAUGCUGUGCAAGCUAGAUUGGCUCGAAAAACUCUACCGAGGCUAACAGAAAAAGGAUUUGUGGAAUAUGCAAUACUUAUGCCAUCUUCAGCCCAGAGUAGAUCAAGCCACUUGGCACAUGGAGCAGAUACAGACUGGCUUUUGGCUGGUAACAGAAAUCAGAGUGCGCACUGUCACUGUGGUGAGCCCACGAGAGAUAGUAUGCAAAUGUAUGGAUCUUAUAGCCCAACUAUCUGCACCCGGAGGGUACUAAGUGCAGGAAAAGGAAAAAACAAGUUGCCAUGGGAAAAUGAACAGCCCGGAGUCAUGGAAGAAAACCCUACCUCCAGUUCCAAGGACAUAGAGCAGUUUUCAUCGUAUGAUCUCAUCCCAUCUCCAAAAUUAAAGUCUUCUCAAGGAAUGCCAGCCAGUGAUGAUUUAUGUUUUAGCAGAAAGAGAGUGUCCAGAAACUUACUUCAGAACAGUCGGGACCUUCACCCAGAUUCUCUUCCUGUGUGUGCUACGGGUACAGCUGGGACUCGUAAGACAAAUCUUCCUGGGAAGUGCGGGCAACUUGGAUUGUCACAUACACGGGGUAAAACUGGCAGUGUAGAUUCUAACUUGGAGCUCCUGGGGACAACUAGCAGUCAUCAAGAUAAAGAAGAGAGUCAGAGAUGUUAUUACCUUGCUCAGGGUGGAAAAAUGCAGAGCUCUCUUAGGUCUCUUCGAAAUAGCGCUGCUAAGAAAAGAGCAAAACUGAGUGGCAGCACUUCUGAUAUUGAAAGCCCGGAUUCUGCCAUGAAGCUUGACUUGACCAUGGACUCCCCAUCUCGAUCUUCCUCUCCCAACAUCAGCUCUUACAGUGAAAGUGGAGUUUACAGCCAGGAAUCGCUGACUUCUUCUGUGUCUACUACUCCCCAGGGGAAGAGAAUAAUGUCAGACAUAUUUCCAGCAUGUGGAUCAAAACUGAGUCCAGCAAGAUUUUCUUCUACAAAGAAUAAAAGCUCUCAUACUGCUGAGCCAAGCAUCAAUGCAGGGAUUACAACAUCCAAUGUAAGCAUAAUUGGUCAACGCAUGAACUAUGGGUUUGGAAAUGGUGAUUUUGAAGACGACACGUCUCAUGACACUUCCCCUAGUACGUUUAAAAUACAACAUAAGGAACACUCAAGACAUUAUAAGCAUACAAAAGGAUUUACAAGGUCAUCAUCAAAUGUACAGCAGAUUUCCAAUUUUGACUUCACAUCCACAAACACCUUAUCAGAAGACUCGGUAGUAGUUGUUGGAAAAGGUGUAUUUGGAAAUCCAAAUUCAGCACCAGCAACUUGCAGCCAACCUGUGGUACCUGCUGUGGAAAAUGGGGAUACAUUUUCAGUUAAACAAAGUAUUGAACCGCCAUCAGGGAUUUAUGGAAGAGCUGUCCAACAAAGUGUUCCAUCUUAUCUUGAUGUUGAAAAUGACAAAAAUACUAAAGUUGCCAUGUCAAAAUCUACAUAUGAUAAGAUGAGACAAAAGAGAAAAGAAGAAAAAGAACUUUUUGAUGUUAAAGACUGUGAGAAGAAAGAACAGAAUCCCUGGGAACGAAUGAAGCACAUAGGAACGGAGAAAACAAUAUCAGAAAGUGACGCGCCUCCUGGAGCCGGUCCACAGCCUAAAGAAAGGCUGUCUUCUGUCACCCACAGCCUGGACGUGAUGGAUUCGUUGGAGCUCCGGCCGUUUUCUAAACCCGAAGUAGCCCUGACAGAAGCUCUGAGGCUUUUAGCUGAUGAGGAUUGGGAGAAGAAAAUUGAGGGACUGAAUUUUAUUAGAUGCUUAGCUGCUUUUCACUCUGAGAUACUGAACACUAAGUUGCAUGAAGCAAAUUUUGCAGUGGUUCAAGAGGUGAAAAAUUUACGCUCUGGCGUUUCUCGUGCUGCUGUGGUCUGCCUAAGUGAUCUUUUCACUUACCUGAAAAAGAGCAUGGACCAAGAACUGGAUGCCACAGUCAAAGUGCUGUUGCACAAGGCUGGAGAAUCAAAUACGUUCAUAAGAGAGGACGUCGACAAGGCGCUGAGCGCCAUGGCUAACAAUGUCACUCCUGCACGCGCAGCCAGUGCUCUCAUCAAUGGAGGCCAGAGCCACUUACACAUUGCAGUCAGAAGAUGUACAGCCCAGCACCUGGCAAAUGUAGUGGAAUUCAUGGAACCAGAUCGUAUUUUGACUGGAACAAAAGACAUGGCUGAACGUUUACUACCAGCUGCUGCUAAGUUCGCUCAAGAUAGCUCACAAGAAACCAGAUAUUAUGGUCGAAAGAUGCUUUUCCUCAUGAUGUGUCAUCCUAACUUUGAAAAACUGCUUGAAAAAUAUGUCCCAUCUAAAGAUUUGCCAUAUAUUAAGGAAUCGCUUAAAAACUUACGGCAAAAGGGCUUGGGAGAGAUGCCACCAGAUCCUCCUUCAGCAAAGGGAAGGCGAUCUCACGCCGGCAGUGUUGGGAACGCGAGGGCAUCCUCUGUUUCUAGAGAUGCCUUUGGCUCAGCUGAGAGAGAGGUAACCGAAGCUCGUGAAGUCACCAGAAAACCAGUUCCUCGUAAUUCUUUAGAAAGUGCUGAGUACGUUAAAGUCCUGACAGGUUUAUUAAAUGCAAAAGAUUUUCGUGAUCGAAUUAGUGGGAUUAAGCAGCUUUUAGCAGAUGCUGAAAAUAAUCAAGAACUUGUUGUUGGAAACAUUGUGAAGAUCUUUGAUGCUUUUAAAUCUCGGCUUCAUGAUUCCAACAGCAAAGUAAAUCUAGUGGCUCUAGAAUCAAUGCACAAAAUGAUUCCUUUACUUAGAGACCACUUGUCUCCUAUAAUCAACAUGCUGAUUCCAGCAAUCGUGGAUAACAACCUGAAUUCCAAGAACCCAGGCAUCUAUGCUGCGGCUACCAAUGUUGUUCAGGCGCUGAGUCAGCAUGUGGACAACUACUUGCUUCUACAGCCAUUUUGCACCAAAGCUCAAUUUUUAAAUGGAAAAGCAAAACAAGAUAUGACGGAAAAGCUUGCUGAUAUCGUUAUGGAACUUCAUCAGAGGAAGCCUCAUGCUACAGAGCAGAAAGUGUUGGUUGUUCUAUGGCACCUCUUAGGGAACAUGACAAACAGCGGCUCUCUGCCUGGAGCCGGAGGCAAUAUACGAACAGCCACAGCUAAACUGUCAAAGGCACUUUUUGCACAGAUGGGCCAGAAUCUGUUACAUCAGGCGGCAUCUCAACCACCGCAUAUCAAAAAGAGCUUAGAGGAACUGCUCGAUAUGACCAUUUUAAAUGAAUUAUGAAUCUCUUAUGAAACACGGUAUGAUGAACAAGACAGUUUACAUGAUAACAAAUGAAAGUUUUUUAAAGCGACAUUUUGAGUGCCUGCACUUCACAUCUAGGAAAUUAAGUCAGCAGCUCUAUUAUUUGCAGCCUGUGGGUACAUUUUUGUCCUCUGUCAACCCUACCACUAAACCCACACACAGAAACCGAAGCUGUAACCCACUGUUUGUGGAGCCCGAAGCACAUGGACAGAGUCCUACUUUAAUAUUUUUUGAGAAAAGUCCUCAUUUUCACUGUUCCAUAGAAACUGCAACUUGUUGUCCUUUAUGUACAAUUAGAUUUGUAAUUAAAAAUAUAAUUUUAUUAUGUAAUCAUGUUUUGCUAUGUCUCAUUACUCAGCCUUGUUUUGUGAAGUGGAAGAAAAGUCACUGAACUAUGUUAUCACAAACUAAAUUUUGUGUGCUAUUUGUGAAAAAACAUGUAUUUCUGAAUCAGUCUGCUAAUAUGAUUAUGCAGUAUUAGCUUGCUAUUGCUGCUGUGUAUGUGAUAUAUUUGCUUAUCUUUUGGGUUUUAUUGUCUGCAUAAUUGUGAAGUUUAACAAGCUAUAAUAAAGCAUGAUGACCAAAGUUUUAGAAAACAGUGAACAUUUAAAUGCACGUUUAAGAAAACGUGUUGAAUGUAACUUCCCUAUUUUUGUGUGCAAACACUAAAUUUUAUUUCUGUAUGUCCUAACAUUUAUAAAGGUGUUAUUUUGCUGCCCAGUUGUGUAAUUCUCAAAAAUAGUGCCAGGUCUUCUAUAGUUUUUCUCAGAAUUCUUGGGCUUACGAGUACUGUAUGCAUCUUUAAAAAAAAAGAAAAGGAAUGUUAUAAAAUA